AUGCAGCAGAAGAUUCGACAACUGCUCGCCUUUCUGACGAGGUGCUGCGAUUUGGAGUUGUUCGGGCCUCCCGGAGGGCUCGACGAUCCGGAAAUCCUAGCCAGGGAGACCGUAUGUACGUCCCUUAUCUGGAGGCUCUGUUGCUCGAAUACGAGGCUUACUUGUAAUGUCCGCGGUUUUGCGACGCAACUGAGGCCGAAGACAUUUGGCUCUUCAUUUAUUCCUUGCCAUUUUAAUUUUCCUCAAUUGUUUCUAACAAGCAAUUCUCAUUUCUGAUUUGCUUUUCGCUGUUUGCAGUUAGCGUCAGCGAGAUUGAGGCGUUAUACGAGCUAUUUAAGAAGAUCAGCAGCGCCGUGGUGGAUGACGGGUUGAUCAACAAGGUAUACUGUUGACCAUAUAUCCUCAAAUGCCAUGCCAGGAGGACUACUCUACAGAGCGACGGGUAGAGGAUUUUGAAGUCCUCCAAAGCACCUCGUUUCCCAUCCAAUUACGCCCUGUUUCGUUACUUUUAAAGUGUUCGAUUACUUGGUUUCAUUCACUUAUUAUCUUGACAUGUGGUCGUACCGACCAUACAUUACAGGAAGAGUUUCAGUUGGCACUUUUCAAGACGAAUAAAAAGGAGAGCUUAUUUGCUGACAGAGUACGCCUGUUUCUCAAUCUUAUAUUCAAUUUCUUAGCAGUCAUGUGAUAUUUUCCAUGGCCGUUAGGUUUUUCUCCUUGCAUUUGAUAAUUCUAAUCUAUCUUUGAAGAUUUAUCCAGUUUAUUCUUGUAGGAUUGGGAGAGAGACCUUUUUUCACUUACAACGUAGGAAAUGUUUGCUACUUUUUAAUUUUGUCUACUAUACUUGGAAGUUCGAGAUGUUUAAUUAGUAUUUGUGAACGUCGGGACAUGAUCCCGAGUGCAAGUGUUGAUAAAUGCGUGUGUCAGACAGAAAUAAGUCUAUAUAAUACGAGGAAUUGAGUUGACCCAGAUGCGGAAACAUACAUUUCUGUGCGCAGAAUUGUCUGUCUGUGCACCUGCUUCGGUAUGUAAAAGCAAUUAAAUCAUGUAUACACUUUAUAGACGAGGUGUUUCAGUGAUAAAUAUUUCUCAUAUUUGUCCUUACUAUGUUGUGUAUGCCCUAACAAAGGCGUGGAAACAAGUGUGCUUCAUUAGUUGUCUGUCUAACGCAAACAUGUUUUCUUGGUUUAAAAUUGCGGGUAAUGAUGUUUAAUUUUUCAUUGUUUUCUUGAUAACUGUUAUUAUUUUUACAUGUGUAUGCAUUUGGCCCUCUUUUUGUUCAUCAAGAUAUACAAAGCAAAAACUUAAUGAGCUUGAUUCAGGAUAUCUUGCUCAAGUGAAUUCCACGCAUUAAAUCAAUCCUAAGAAGUUAAUAUAUGUCGUACAUGACAUGAACUAUUUCUGAUAGAAAUUGUGCCUGCCAACAUGCUGAACUUAAUUUAAACUCGGCUUCCAGACUUUUUCCAAGUCAGGCAUUGAUGGACCACCCCAAGGAUGAGCUUGGGGAAGCCCGCAUCUGGCCUGGAAUGUGGAAUAAUGCCAGAUGAUCAGGCCCAAACUAUUCUUGAUAAAAUUUUCUUAACCUUGAUCAGGCCUUGGCGUAGAAUGGAAGAAAUUUGACAGGCUUAUUCUUGUUUUCUGGUGGUUGGAAGGCGAGGGUUUGGGUAGGCAGGAGAACGAGAGAAGGAAAAUGGAAGAGGUGGAGGACAGGCCCGGGUGGGAAGGGGAGGAGGACAAGCAGGAACAAGGGUCUGGGAGGAGGAAAAGGUGUUGUUAGGUGGAGAAGAAGCAGGAGGCCUGAAGGGAGGAAAAUUUUGGUGGAGGAGAGUAGUGAAUAUGCUAGAAAAGCUGUUGGGAAAGAGUUGACAGAGAUUUUGUGUAACUUAGUCUUCUUUUACAUAUACGAUUUUAAGUUUAUUUUAGGGUAUUGACUUCAAGAGCUUUAGGAAAUACAUUGUACAGUCGUCCUAAACUAUUAUGUACCACUUGCGAUUAUCCAAAAGAAACGAGGAUUGGGCCCUAUCAUUGAAGUGAUGAUAUUGCGGAAAUGAUUUUUACUCUGUCAAACGUUGUGGAGAAUAUACUCAUCCUUCAAUUGGCGUUGGCAAGGGGUAUGGGAAGGAAUAAGGUGUUUGCAUAUUUGCAGAAGAGUUGGGAAGCCAAGAUAUAAUUUUUCUUGGUCAAUCAAAAGUUUAGCAUGUGAUUGCAAAUCAUAUUGAGCAAUGAAUUGCAGAUGUUGGUCUCAUCAAAUUUGCGAAUUUGGUUAUUUAAGUGAAAAUAAUUGAAUGAGAACGGGAUGUAGUUUGAUUCAGUAGAUUGUGACUAGUGCUUUGCAUGUUCCUGUCGUAGGAUUGCCAUUGAAUUAGGUCGUGCCAUCUGCUCAAAAUCAGAUUAUGCAACAACCCAUCCAAUGGUAGAAUUUUGGAAUAUAUGUGGAUUAAUCACUUAACUGCACUUUAAUGGUUAAUAUGAAGGAUAGCAUUAAAACGACUUGACUGAAUCUUAUUGGAUUUGUAAGGUUUACAUAGAUAAGGUUGGAUUUUGGGAUAUUUAAUGUAACAUUUUUAUCUGUGGAUUUGCAUCCACUCAAUUUAUUUUGUGUUGACAACAUUCUUAUAUUCUGCCCGAUUAGGUUUAUUUCUUUUUCGCCAACAUUUUGGGCUCAGUAGGUAGCCAACUUGUGUUCAAAGUUGUUGAGUCUUCAUCCGUCUUGAUAGAGGGGGACUCUCGGUUACCUUCUUUUUAAGCUUGGUUACCCUGGAUCCAAAUUUCUCAUUGAAACCUGAAUGAUGCUUAAAUAAAUUAGUGAUUGAGUUUUCUUUAUGAUAGCAAAUACUGAUACAGAAUUAGUGCUUCAUCAUGGUAGAAUGUGGUGAAGCACUUUUACAUUGUACAUAAUCUUUUGAGCACUGGGUAAUAUAUGAUUAUGAUAAUCGGACAUAUUUUCUGUAUUAAUUAUUUUUGAUAGAUUUUUCUGUGCAAGGAUUUGUAUUGUGAGGAUCUAUUUUGCAUGGGACACUUCACCAAAUUUUGGUAUUUUUCUUAUUCUGCAGGUAUUUGACUUGUUCGACACCAAACAUAAUGGAAUACUUGGCUUUGAAGAGUUUGCACGUGCUCUAUCUGUUUUCCAUCCUAAUGCACCAGUUGACGAUAAGAUUAAUUGUAAGUAUCCAGUAAUCUUGUCUUGAUUAUAACAAACUUCUCUCCUGAUGUCUUUUAUUUUCUUUUCUUUUUUUGUUAUAUGUACUGUCAUUUAUCGGUCCUCGCAAUGAUUUCUUUUUAUGGUGAAUGCUAAAUUGAUAAAAUAUAAAAUAAUGGUUCAUUAAUGUACGUAUCUGCAAUCAGUUCUCAGAAAAGGUUUCCUGAGCAAGAAUAAAGUACACCAAGUUAUUUAUUGGUUCCUGCAAAUUAUAGGGAAUCCUUUUUCUAUUUUUUUUUGUGAGGUUCUCAAGUAAUUUUAAUAUUUAUGCUUGAGUAGCUUUUCGUUUGGCGUUGUUUAGGUUUUUGGAGAGUGUUGGAUUCAAUUUUAAUAUAAUAUAUACCUUAAAAUCAAAUUCGUAAACAAUUAUUAAAUAAUCAAUUAACUCAUUUCUGUCGUUUCGUACUUCAAACCACUGGGAUUAUGUCGUGUUUGUCACUUGUGUGUCAAAGCCUUCAAGAGUAUCAAUCUUGUGAAUUGUGGCUGGUUGAAACUGGAACAGGAUUGAAGAAACAAAGAAAAAAUCUGCUUUAUGAAUUCUAAAAGUUUACUGUUAUGACCUCUUCAGUUUCCUUGUGUCUUUAAUCAUGUUAAGGUGACUUCAUCUAGCUUUUCCAAGAAAAGAAGCUUACAUGAUGCUCAAUAUGCAGUUUCUUUUCAACUAUACGAUCUCAAGCAACAAGGAUUCAUUGAGAGACAAGAGGUAACUACUCUAUUCUGCUCAAUUUAAGUUUGCUAUUGAAUACGGAACAUAUUCAAUCUGUUGAUGCUUUACAUUGGAAUAAUGAUUUAACCAAUGAAGCCGAGGAGCCCCGAAACUGAAUGAGAAGUUCUCUUCUCAGUUUGACCUUGCUUCUGUAUCUUUUGUUAUGUAACCUUUUUAAUUCUUUGGAAUUUAUGGGGGAGUAUCAAUGGCUCCAGAACAGAAAAAAAAUCGUUCUUGUCAUUCUUUUGUAGAACACCAUUCUGGAGUUAGGAUGGCUUCCAUGGUCUGGCUUGCUUUUUCUAUUGAUCGAAUUCUGAUCUCCAUGAGAUAGGUUGAGUUACAUGCGUAAAGCCUUAUACAGAGUGUACUGCUUUAAUUAAACAAUUUUCUAUCCUCUUCAAACCCUUUUACCUAAGACCAGGUCAUACCAGGUCAGUCAAAAUAACAGCUGAAUCCAUAUGAGCCUGGUCGGGCCACAUUUUUUCCCUCUCCCCAUUCUUCAUUGCGAUAUUCAAUUGGUCAACCUUGAUCAUAAGCUACUCCCCUACUAGAAGGUUUGGAAACAACAGUCAUUAUAGAAUUAUAAAAUGCAAAAAAAUCGUUUUGAUUUUGUGUCUCAAAGUUCCAUCUUUGAUUUUAUGAAUGAUACUGUCUUAAGUAAGUGACCAUGCUACAUAAUAUAACUAAAGUAAUUCUGUAUUACUUCCACAGAACGACCAAUGGCCAUUCUUAGAAUUAAAUAUGAAACCUCAAAGUGGUCGCAAUAAAUGCACUUUUGGUGCUAGUAAUAGGAGUUGUCCUCCCCCCCCCCCUUCCUCUUUCUAGGUUACAUUGUGCCGUUAAUACUCUGGUGCCUUGUUCAGUUUGCUGAAUCUCCAGUUGCCUUUAAAAACCAUAGAACAUUGUGCCCCAGUACAGUCAGUUUUUUAGUUACUUUUGGGUGGUGAUAUGUCUUCAUCGGCGUUCUAAUGCACUUUUCUUCUUAACAAAGUAUCGUAUUGCCUGCUUCCUUGUGAAACUCAGCCUAUUUCUGCCUACCCUUAUUCUGUAAUUUCACCACAUUUUUAUUCUUGUGAUCAGGUGAAGCAAAUGGUGGUGGCCACACUCGCUGAAUCUGGCAUGAAUCUUUCUGAUGAGGUCAUAGAAAGCAUCAUUGACAAGGUGCAGAUGCUACCUUCGUAGCUUCGAACGGAUUAUUUUUUCUAACACCUCGUCUGCUAGUGGUCUACUGACACAGAAUCAAACGAUUCCAUCACGCUUUUGAUGGUUCACAUGCGUGUGGUAAAAUAAAGAGUAUUAGGCAUCGAAAACAGGUGAUUUAGGCUACUUCAAUGGAAAUUAGGAAUAGAAAACAGGUGGCUAGAGUGCUAGAAUAAUGCAUUUAUGUUCUUUGUCUCUGGAGCUUAUGUUACCCCCCACUCGUCAAUGAAAUAAAAGAAAACAUUGAGGAAAAAAAAAACAAUAGUUAAUCGAUAACCGCUGCUACUAUUUUUAGGAUCACAAGAUUCAAUGGCACAUUCGCUAGUUCCCAUUUUCCUUUGAAAAGAGAACAAUCCAAGCACACAUGCACGCACAUAGAUUUCAUCCAUUUAUGACUCUUUAAAUUAUGCAUCAGGCGUUGAUUUUUCUUGUUGUCUUCAUCGUCAUUAUUGUUAUUAUUUUUAUUAUUAUUAUUGUUAUGAUCAGCCCCUUGUGAAUACUUCGAAAGGUUCAUAGUUUGAGCAAAUACUUGUGCUGUGUUCCACUGGAUCUCAAACGCUCUGUUUAAGAGAAUGGGGAUAACAGCUUCUUCCGGCUGUGAUUUUUGUUCUCCCUGUGACUCAGACAUUCGAGGAGGCCGACACAAAGCAUGAUGGGAAGAUCGAUAAAGAGGAGUGGCGGAGUCUUGUCUUAAGGCAUCCUUCUCUAUUGAAGAACAUGACCCUUCAGUACCUCAAGUAAUUCCCAAAUCUCGAAAUCUCCCUCUUGAUGAAUAACUUUUAGAGGGGAAAUAAUUGCCCGCGAGUUAUUUUUUAUCAGAAAAUUCUCUUAUUUUAGAUCAGUUUGAUGCCCUUGUGCUCCUAUAAUGAUGCAUUGAUAAUAGGAUUACAUGAUAUUGACGGUAAUAUAUGCUAAUCAUUCGGUGUUCUUUUAUUGCUUUUUUCUUUUCAUCGAACGAUUUGCUACAGAAAUUAUGCUGAAAUGUUGCUCAUUUUCAUUGAACUAGUUAACUGGUUGAGUAACAAUGGCCCAGCCCAAUUUCUCUGACACGGGUGUCAAUUGACUUCCCUGGCAAUUGCCCUUCCAAUACCUUUCCACCACCCAUUUAUUAUUCUCAUCAUCUGUUUUCAACGUGGGCAGGGACAUCACAACGACCUUCCCAAGCUUCGUCUUCCACUCUCAAGUCGAUGACACGUGA